GCUAACUACGUCAUGGUCCAUUUUAAGGUACACCAGCUUUUUGUGGCUUUUGAGGGUUUGGGACUAUAACAGCAAUGUGGAGUACAUUUACGUGUAGAUGGUUCAAGGAUGAGAUGGCUGCUCUCUAUUACCCUAGCAUAGGCGCCUCAAGUCCAGAGAAUAUGAUAAUGGAACGUUAUGUGUUAAGUCAUGUCAACUUCGGGCAGAAGGUAACAUGAUUCAUUUCAGCCUUGCCGCCAUUUUCCCCUCACUCGCGAAUGUGCCUCUCCAGAUUCAGCUCGCAGUGACUCGAUCGACAACGACAACCACUAAAAAGGCGAAGACUUGACAAGGAGUUAUGUGAAUAAAUGUGAUCAGCAAAAUUCCAUCUCGGCGUCAAGAUGACAAGCACCCGUAAUCUGAAACUCUCCUAUGAUGACUACACUGUCGCAUGGAUCUGUGCUCUACCAGUUGAGAUGGCCGCUGCUAAGGUCAUGUUAGACGAAGUGCACGAGGAUUUGCCCGCUUUGCCCCACGAUAAUAAUGUGUAUACUCUGGGGAGGAUUCGAAAACAUAACGUUGUUAUUGCUGGCUUGCCAAAUGGAAAAUAUGGCAAUACAUCUGCAACAGUGGUGGCAAUGCAGCUCAUAGCCGGAUUUCCGUCCAUUCGAUUUGGCCUGAUGGUCGGUAUUGGAGGAGGGGUUCCGAAUAAGGAUGCAGAUAUUCGACUUGGUGAUAUUGUGGUCAGUAAACCAACAGGAUCAUAUGGCGGUGUGGUGCGGUAUGACUAUGGGAAAGCUCUCAAUCGCCACUUUGAACGGACUGGCAUGUUAAAUCAGCCGCCUGCGCUUCUCCUUAAUGCGCUUACUAAACUUCAGUCAAACCAUCUAACAGAGGAAAGCCAAAUACCAAAUUUCCUUUCUGAAAUGGAGAAGAAACUUGGACAAAGAGCCGAAAAUUUUGCUUGUCCCCAACAAGAAGACCGACUUUAUCAAGCUGACUAUCAUCACAUUGGAGAUUCAAAAACAUGCGAACACUGCGACCAUACGAAGACCGUUCAAAGAAUCCCUACAAAUCGUGCCAAACCAGCAAUUCACUAUGGCCUGAUUGCAUCUGGGAACUCGGUAAUCAAAGACAGUGGGCUUAGGGAUUUCCUAAGUCGAGAACUCGGCGUAUAUUGUGUGGAGAUGGAAGCUGCAGGGUUGAUGGAUAGUUUCCCAUGUGUUGUCAUUCGGGGAAUUUGUGACUAUGCAGAUUCACAUAAAAACAAAAAAUGGCAAGGGUACGCUGCAGCAACGGCAGCAGCUUAUGCCAAAGAGUUACUCACUGUGAUACACGAGAAAAGUGUCACAGAUAGCAGAGCUACUCUCUCAGUCACAAAAUAUGGCAUAUACCACGGUAACCACAAGCAAAAUUUACAACAAUUUGGAAAAAAUGAUGGUAGAAUAGAGCUAGAAAAAUUACUGGAGCGAGUUUCAAACUAUGAUCCGGAGAGAACUCAGCGAAGAUUAUCUAGCAAACGUGUUAUCGGAACUACCCAGUGGUUUUUGGAUCACCCAACUUUCAAGGAGUGGUUCACCGACAAGAGUUUUCCUGCUCUCUGGUGUUCUGGAAAAAUUGGUUCUGGGAAAACUAUAAUUGCAACAUCAGUAAUCGAUGUUGCGAUGCGUCGGUCUUCUGAGCUUCCUCUUGGCCCUACCGUUUCUUAUUUCUGUGAGGAUGGACCGAGGCUGCAUAAUGGACAGCCAGCAGUAUCUAUCCUCUCUAGCUUUAUCAAGCAGCUGUGUGAAUUCUUGAAUUUGCGAUCUACUCCAUAUCCAGAUAUUGCCUUGCAAGCUCUGAGGAAAUUUUUUGGGCAAAGGAGAAUGGUGCCAGACGUUGAAGAUCUGAAAGAGAUUUUUACAGAUCUUUUCCAUUAUGUGCCUGAUACAACCUAUAUUGUUGAUGGAUUUGAUACUCUCCACUCAAGAGAUGCCAAGAUCAUCCUAGAUUGCUUUCAGCAACUAUUCUAUGGCUCAGUUCUACGGCAUCAAUCGCAAAUUCUCUUACUCAGCAGAGACCAAAUUCCAGGAUAUAUUGACCUUACUCGUUUUAUACCAGGAAUUCGCCAGAUUUCAAUAAAUAACAACAACUUACCAGACAUUGAAAUCUAUAUCAAGGCAAAAAUCAAAGAUAAGAUGAUGGUCAGAAAACUUACAGAUAGUACUCCAUUAAUACAGGAACUAAGUAGAGACCUUCUUGAAAAAUCAACUGGGAUGUUUCUUUGGGUAUACUUGCAGUUAGAAAUCCUCUGGGAUGAAUGUUUCUCGGACAAUGAAAUUCGAGCUGCCUUGGAACAGUUACCGAGAGGAUUAGAUGAGACAUACCAGCGUUGUAUGAAAAGAGUUACGGAUACUCAGGAUAUCCGUCCUCUCAGAACUCUAAAGUGGAUCAGCUACGCAGCCAGACCACUCCAUAUCGAGGAGCUGAGAGAAGCUAUUGCCUUUGACUUGCACGAUACCAUAUGGGAUAGUGGGAAAAUAUCUUCGAGAGAAUUUGUUGCAGGAUGCUGCUCAAACCUUGCAGUUGUGGAUUCAAAUGAUGACUUCGUAUAUUUUGCUCACCCCUCUGUGAAGCAGUUUUUGGAGAAAUACAUAGCUGGCAGAAUCCCUGGAUAUCCUACCAGCCCUUUACAAGGAGAACUCGAGUGCGGAGAACUUUGUGUUACUUAUCUCUCUUUCUCGAAUUUUGGGCUUGAGUUAGGGAAGCACGACGAAUGUGUGUCUGAUUCCCUAAAUCCUAUGGCUCUUGCUGCGCAGUCUGUGGGACCAUCAUUACUCAGCACAUUCUUCUUACGGCGACCUUCAAAGAAAAUACCCUCAUAUCCUUUGAAAAUUCAGAUGAUUCGCAAAGUUCCACCGGAUACUCUACAGUAUAAAUUUCUAGACUAUGCAAGUUCGAACUGGCCACUACAUACCAAAAAUAUUACACAGCAGUCUAGAGCUUGGCGGAAGUUUGAGCGGCUAGCCUUACAAUUUAGUGAAACUUGGAAUUUUCAUCCUUGGAAAUCUAGCGGUCGUUCGCAGCGUUCUUACCUUCAUGGACUCUUAGUAUGGGCAGUUAAGGGGCAGCACCAACCACUUCUAUCAAUUGUACUAAAUAUGAGGCAAGACGUACAGGAAAUUUGCAAUCUUCCAUCUAUUGAAGAAAGAUUGCCCGUCCUCCAUAUUGCAUCAAGACUUGGGUAUGAGACUGUGGUUGAAAGUCUGUUGGAUCUUUGCGAUGUUAAAUUGCUAGAUGAAAAUGGCUAUACACCAUUACAUCAUGCUGCUGAUAAAGGGCAUAUUAAGGUGGUUCAAUUACUUUUAGGAACAAAUGAGUUACUGAUCAAUAUCCGGUCAAAAUGUCAGUCAACUCCUUUUUUGUUAGCUGCCAGAAAUGGUCAUGAGAUAGUGGCGAAGCUGCUACUCGAUAAAGGCGCUGAUCUUGACACUAAAGAGCUAAUUACUGGAGGGAAUCAGCUGCUACAGGCGGCUUGGGACGGUCAGGAGGCUGUGGCGAGGGUGCUACUUGAUAAAGGCGCUGAUAUUGAGGCUAAAGAUCCACAUGGAUGGACUCCGCUACUACACGCGGCUGGGAACGGUCAUGAGGCUGUGGUGAAGCUGCUACUUGAUAAAGGCGCUGAUAUUGAGGAUAAAGAUCCACAUGGAUUGACUCCACUGCUACACGCAGCUCAGAAUGGUCAUGAUAUCAUAGUGAAGCUGCUACUUGAUAAAGGUGCUGAUAUUGAGGUUAAAGAUUCAAUUAUUGGAAAGACUCCACUGUUAUGGGCGGCUUGGGACGGUCAUGAUACUAUAGUGAAGUUGCUGCUUGAUAGAGGCGCUAAUCUCGAGGCUAAAGAUUCACUUACUAAACAGACGCCGCUGCUAUUGGCGGCUCAGAAUGGUUAUGAGGCCAUAGUGAAGCUGCUACUCGAUAAAGGCGCUAAUCUCGAGGUUAAAGAUUCACUUACUGGACAGACUCCGCUGUUAUUAGCGGCUCAGAAUGGUUAUGAGGCCAUAGUGAAGCUGCUA